AUGUUCUCGAGGCCCAUCCAGGCCAGACCUGGCCGCCUCCAACGCCAGGCCUCUUCCUCACGCACUCGCGUGCGCAUGGCCUCGCCGCGGCCCGGGCGCGGCGGCGGCCGGCGCCGGGGGCCCCCCGCGCCUGUGGCGCUGGCUGCCCUGGCGGCCGGGGCAGCCCCAGGCCUCGUGCACCUCGCGGCCGCGCUCGCGCCCGAGGGCCCCGCAGGGCCACCACGCGCCCGCGGCGCCGCCCGCGAGCGCCGUGCCCUGCCGGGGGCGCGCCGCUGGGCCGUCCAGGGCGGCGGCCGCCCCAGCGCGGGGCGGCACUGCCGAGCGCCUCGGGCGAACGGGCCGCCGACAGCGGCCGCCAGGCGCGCAUCCGCUCUGACGACGGCGCUCGCCGCGGCGGCGGCGGUUUCGCAGCUGCCGGCGCUCGCGGCGGGCCCUGUCGUCGAGGGCCUGGACGAGGGCGGCCGCGCGGCCCUGGCGCUCGGCCUCGUCGCCGCGAGCGCUCUCUUCCACGGGGUCGUCGCCCCCGAGCUACAGCGGAGGUACUUCGGCAGCGCUGGUGGGGACGCCGGCUGA